AAAGUUCAUCUCUGGAAGCACGAGCUGAAGUUUUUUUUUUAUUAUUAUUAUUUAUUUACUAUUUUUUUCGUAUUCAUUUUACCUUUCCAAAGUUUAAAAAUGCCAUCAGGGCUCGGGUCCCUUAUGAAGCAAGCUUGCGUUCUGCUCGACAAGUUCUCAUCUGACAACCGAUGUGUGGACGUGUUCUUAGAGGAAGCUUCCAUGGAUCUGCAGAACAUCGAUCCCCCGGAGAGGAAGUUCAUCCUUGAAGUUUUUUCUGGGUGUGUUGAAUAUAAAAAGCUGCUGGAUGUUGUAAUCAGUGCGUUUUAUGUUGGGAACAAGAAGUGGCUUCGCAGAAGUGACCGCAGCCAGUUUAUCGUUAUCUGUUACCUUACCAUAUUUUCCCUGGAUGAACUUGGGUUGAAAAAUUUUAGCAGCAUAGUUAAGUCUCUAGGCACCCAGAAGAUGCAUCUGUUUCUUCAUUUUUUCUUAUCAAACCUCACCCAUUUGAUACAAGAGGAGUUGAACAGCAUCUAUGAAGCUGAAUUUGUGCAGAAGAAUCUGGUUGGCCCUCUCCUCAGGUGGCGCCCUGAGAUCAAUCUCCUCUUGGAUCAGCUUGAUGCUGCAAAAGAGCUUGAAGUCAGGAAAGCUGCAGUUAAAACUACCCAGUGUGAGGAGUUCAACCUCACCAAACCUAGACCUCAUCUUCCACCCAUCCCGGAGCCGAUCUCUGUUCAAGAAAAGUCCAAACCAGUCCCAAACAGUACGUACACGGCUCCAAAAGAAAUGCAGAUAAUAGAGGAGAUUAAAGAGAAGAACCAACAAAAGGCUGAGGAACUUCUGUAUGAGGCUAAUGUGAACCAGUUUAGAUGUGGGAAUCCAGAGAAAUCAGAGCACACAAAGAAUGUGAUUUCCCAGAUUACGGCAGACUUUAACUCCAGGUUGAAGUUUGAUUCUUUUCGUUCAUCAGCGAUUCCACCCACUAGUAAGGUUAAAAGCUAUUCAGUGAAGCUUAAUAAUGCAGACAUUCGGAGAAAAGAGGCUUUGCAUGACCGUCAAGUGAAGGGGAAUCUACAGAGAAUAGAGCGACUGGUGGAAGGAGGUCGAGACCCCUUAUCUAUCCUGCAGAGGGAGAGGGAGAUCCUGAAGAGGGAACAUAAGGAACAGGUGCAAAGGACUGAACUAAAGCGUCUGGAGACACAAAUCUGUAAAAAAGAGGUAGCUCUGGCUCGGACUCGGAUUACCGAACAAAACCUUAAGGCUGCCCAGCUGAAGAAGGAAGAGACUAUUCAGCUCAUGAAGAGAUAUGCAGAAAAACGUCUGCAGGAGGAAGAACAAUUCAGGGAAUUGGCAAAACAGGUGGCAGAGGGCGAGAAAAACGCAAAGGCAGCUAAAGAAAAGAUCACAAAGUUAAAGCAGAAAAUUGUGAAAGAAGUAUCCGAACAAAAUCAGGAGCUCCUUCGUCAAGCGCUUGAGGAACAACAGAAGGAGCUUUGCAGAAAGUUUCAAAUCAUCCAUGAAAUUCACGUUAUUGAGACUCUUCCUCGCAUUAGACUAAACGGUUUCGAUGACACGGAGACUGCGGACCAUGAGCUGCACAGUGGGAUGUCCCUGGCAGAGCUGAAGGUGAGGCUGGCUCUGCUGAGGCAGCGCCAGCAGAAAGAGGAGGAGGAGAGACGGAGCCUCAUUGUGGCGGAGAGACAGAAAAAGAAGCAGGAGAUGCAGGAGGCGCUUGAGAAAAUUGAGCUACACAGGAGAGUGCUUGCAAAGGAAGCUGCAGACAGAAAAGAGGAAAAAAAGGCCAAGCAGAAGCUCCUACAGCAGUUUGUGGCUCAGGAUGAAACCAUCCUGGCUCUAAAAAAGAAGUUAGAAGAGAAGACGCAGGAGUGCCAGAGAGUGAAGCAAACUGAGAUGAGCAGGACCAAACCCGCAAAGAAGACCUCCACAGGACCGCCUGCUCAGAAAGAUGUAAAAACAUGGGAGGAACUGGAGCAAAGUUUAGCUCGCUAUAUUCAGGAUACUCCAUGAUUCAACCUUUUCCGAGAAAACACGUAACGGUCUUGUGAAAGGCACUCCCUAAGAUAGUUCUUGCUUUAUCUUCUCA